CAGACUGUAUCUGGCUGAGAAGUCUGCAGGCUGAGCAGAACGACACGAGUCUCCCGGCUCAGACAUGGGGGUGCAAAUGGUUGUGGCCACAUGCCUCUGCCUGCUCCCUGCCUUGUUCUGCACUGUCGCACGAGGCUGCCCGUCACAGUGCCACUGUGAGGAAUCGAGCAGGGUGCAGUGUCAGGGGAGCGACAUCACUGAGUUCCCUGCCCACAUACCAGCCAACACCAGCUACCUCUACAUCAGCAACACCAACAUCUCCUCUUUGAAUUCCAGCGACUUUGAAAACUUUUCUCAUUCGCUCAGGACUUUGAACAUAAGCAAUUCUGGCAUAGAGGAGAUAUCUCAUGGCACAUUUGAGGGCACUCACCACCUUGAGGUCCUGAGUCUGAUGGGAACUGACCUGCAAAGCCUACCGGCGCACCUGUUCAGCAACCUGGGGCGUCUGGAGAUGCUUCUGCUGAACAGGAACAAAAUCAGUGUGCUUCCAGGGGGGUUGUUGCAGGGGCUCAAACAGCUGAGGUCUCUGGACCUCUCCCAGAAUGCUCUGACAGAGAUCCCAGAUGGCAUUUUUGAUGACCUGCUGAACCUGGAAUCGCUCUUUCUUCAAGGAAAUCAGAUUAAGCACCUCCCACGGGAAGUGUUUUCCAAGCUGCAGAAACUGCAGGUGCUGUAUCUCUCCGAAAAUCAGCUGUCCACAUUGCCCAAAGGUAUCUUCUCCCUGCACACCCAAAACCACACGCGCUUCCCUGUGGGCCUUCCCAUGCUGCAAAACAUCUCCCUGCAGCACAACCACCUGCGCUCCCUCCCCAAGGAGCUGCUUCAAGGCCUGCCCGCCCUGCGUCACCUCAACCUCCACAACAACUCCCUGCCGAACCUGCCCCGAGGGCUGCUGUCCUCGCUGGAGUCCGCCCAGGAGGUGGUCCUCACCCAGAACCCCUGGAGGUGCGACGAGGACAUCGUCCCGCUCCAAAACUGGCUGCGCCACCACCUGUCCAAGGUGCCCGACGCCAGCAGCGUGGUGUGCCUGGGUACCCCUCGGCUCAGCAGCAUCAGUAUUGCUAACGUCUCCAGUCACGACUUAGACCCCGCACCGGGCAAAGGGCAGGCCGUCUCCCCGGACACCCUCCGCUUCGCCGUCAGUUUAGUCGCCACUAUUGUCAUCAGCAUCUUCAUCAUCAGCGUGUGGUGGAGGAGGAUUAAGAAGACGCCUUUCCCACCAGACCAAACCGCAGAGCACGCCUUUCUCAUGGAGCUGGGACAAAAAAUGAUGAGCAGGCGCUUUUGUGCAGCUUUGCUUGUCUUGCUGCAGCUGUGUUACCAUGGGGACAGUUGCCCUGCGCGAUGCCAGUGCUUCACUCCAGCUCGGGUGUUCUGCUCUGACGAGCGGCUCACCGAGGUGCCCCGCAACCUCUCCUCGGAGGUGAGGGAGCUGGUCAUCAUGACGACGGGCAUCAUGUACGUGCGCCCCAGCGACUUCUCUGAGGGCUCCAGGCUCACCAAGCUGGUUUUCCUCAACAACCUGCUCCAAGGUGUGUCCCGGGCGGCCUUCGAUAAGCUCAGCCACCUAACGGAGCUGGAGAUUAGCGGAAACCACAAGCUGCUGGAGCUUGGCUCAGGGUGCCUGAGAGAACUGAGCAACCUGACCACACUGCUGCUCAACCACAACCACUUCCGCGCCCUGGGGAUCGGUAUGUUCAACGCCCUGCGGAAACUGGAGACCCUCCAGCUGAAGGGCAACGUCAUCGUCAGCCUCCCCGGAGACCUGUUCCAGCACCUCCACCGGCUCCGCCUUUUGGACCUGUCCCUGAACAUGAUCUCCUCGGUGGGGCGGCACCUUUUCCGCGGGCUGGGCCAGCUGGAGACCCUCAGGCUGAGCUACAACCUCAUCUCCGACCUGUCGCCCGAGGCGUUCGACGGUGUGCCCCGUCUGAGGGAGCUGUAUCUCCAGGGCAACAAGAUCGCCGACAUCCCGCCGACCCUCCUGUCCCGGCUCAGCCAACUGAGGGAGCUCAAUCUCCGAGGUAACGCGAUCAAGGACCUCGCUGCCGUCAGCUUCCCGCCCAGCCUGAGGAAGCUGAACCUGGAGAGCAACCAAAUCUCCAGCCUGUCGCCGGCCACGUUCCAGCGUCUACCUCUCCUGUCCCAGCUGUUCCUGUCCAAAAACCAGCUUUCCGUCCUUCCCGAGGACGUGUUCAAAAACCUAACGGCCCUACAGAACCUGGACUUGGCUGAAAACUUAAUCACCACCCUGCCGAAGGCCAUUUUCACUGGCCUGUCAAAGCUCACUGUGUUGCACCUGCAGAAGAACAACAUCAGCUCACUGGAGGGGCUGUCCUUCGAGGACCAGGACGAAAUGGACCAGCUGUACCUGUCCGACAACGCCCUGCAGAGCGUGCCUGAGGGUUUCUUUGACCCCUUUUUGGCCCACAAUAUCAUUCGCCUCCACGGCAACCCCUGGGUCUGCGACUGCCGCUUGCUCUACCUGCACGACUGGCUGUCGUUCGGGGCCCAGAUGGUGCAGGAAGUCCCUAAGAUGCUCUGUGAGGCACCCGCGAUGCUGAGAGGCCAGGGCGUGCUCUCGCUGAAGAGGGAGCAGCUGACGUGUGUGGGAAACUCCAGCUACGCCCUCCCGGCCACUCCCACCCGCUCCGAACAUCAGCCGGAGCAGACCCCGCCCUCUGGCAGCUGCGUUGUCCAGGAAACUGAUGGUGUCAUCUCGGUGCAGUGCACACUGACAAAUUUCACCCAGGCUAAACUCGAUGUGCAGUAUCGCGACGAGGCAGGGGAUCGCAUAAGCCUCGCCAUGGCGCAUGCAUGUCCAGAGUCCACCCAGUGCAUUAAUGCAACUGCAACCCUCACGCUUUAAAUGCUUCUGUUGUAGCAUUUAGUCUUCCUCUGCAUCCAGAGUACCAGUGGACUUUGUAAUUCAACAUUUGACCAUCAGGGGCACUGCUGGCUUGUCAUGAAUGCGGCAGUUUUUAUGGUAAGGAAGGGAUGAAUUCAUUCUUAUGGGUCACAGCAAAAAGUGAAAAAAGUAAAGGUAAUAAAUAAGCAAACCAAGGUGAUGGGGUGUCAUAUCAGUGUUGGACAUCGCACCUACUCCUUGUCUCUCUCAGAACAGAAAUACAGUGUUGUAUUAUGUACUGCAUUGUCCUAAGAAGAAUACAUGGCCCUGGUUUUCUGUCCACGGAGGGAGAGAAUGGCAGACUCUUGUCUAUGACAUGCUCUGGGCUUCAUUAUCUUGCUGAAGUGCACAAUAUGCCCUCCAGGAUUCGCCACACUAGGAAUCAUCAACAUAAACACAACCAGGAGGUUGCGGGUUCAAAUGCGGGGGUGGGGCACUGCUGUUGAAAUCUUGGAUAAGGUGCACGAAUCAGACUGGUCCAGUAAAUAUCCUGCUCUGUAAAUGGUUAGUUGUUAAUCAUUACAUAUCACAAUCACAUAAUGUAAUCAUUAACCCGUCUUGAAGUUUGACUAUCCGCACUUCAGUCUUUUCCCAGUAGAUGACACUAGUUCACUAUGAAAUGCAGGCACCUGAGAAUUAAGAGUUUAAUCAUCUAUUUAUCUCUCCAUUUAAAAUCAGACAGUUAUAUAUAUAUAUAUGUAUAUAUAUUCAAUAUGUAUAUCUUCACAGUGUUUCCGUGACACCAGAGAUGUUUCUAGCAGAGAUUUCUGUCUGUGCUGCAGCUGAUACAUGGCAUCCCACAUUUGUGAAAGAUGAACAAAAACACAACAAUUUGCUUUUUUCCCAGCAGUAAAGUUCAAUUCCCAGGAUUCCCUCAGGCCUUUUAAAAAUCCUCAAAUCUGGCUCAAACAGGAAAGCCAUAGACCAUAGUCCAAAGGAUAAACCAUAGGACAAGCAGAUUCUAACAAAUUCCUACCAGGAGGGAUACCAUUGCACACAAGGGAAAGCCAAAUAAAUCAUUUAGUGCAGAGGGAUCAACAGUUUAUUAUACAAUGUAUUCAAAAUCCUCUGAGAAAUGAUCAUGUAUUCACAUGCACAGAAACCUGGGAGUUGCAAAGGCACCUGACAUCUCUGUUACAAGAAAGCACUGGUUGAUCACAGUUUGUUGUAUUAAAAAAAUAAAAUAAAUACUGUGCUGAAGAA